UUUCCUAUUGAUCAUCACGUGAAUUAUAGAAAGAAUUAAAAGCAAAAUCAACUUUUGUUUUUUCGUUUUCGAAAGAGAACCACUUUAUAUUUUCGCUUUGUAAUAAUUUCCUCUAAGAAAAAGUUCUGCUUAUUUUUUUCUCCCUCACUGGAGACUCCAAACAGUCAAUAAGAAAAAAACGCCAUAGAUUCUCGUCUUCCUCUCUCUCUUACAAGAUACAUAGCUAUGUCAUCGAUGAACGGAGGUUUCCAGGAAAACACAAACUGGAUUUUUCAAGAAGUCAAAGACGCCAUGUGGACGGUUGAAGAAAACAAACUGUUCGAGAAAGCUCUAGCCGUUCUCGGCGACAAAGACGACCUAGAGAGCUGGUCCAACAUCGCCGCUUUGAUCCCGGGGAAAUCCGUAGAUGAUGUCAUUAAACGAUACAAGAAGCUGGAGGAUGACAUCAGCGACAUCGAGGCCGGACUAGUCCCCGAUCCGGGUUACUGCUCCGACGCCUCCGCAGGUGAUUACUUCUUUGGGCUAGAGAACUCCGGUUACGGUUAUGGUUACGGUUACGGUUACAAUUAUGUCGUGGGAGGAAAGAGAAGUUCGCCGGCGACGAGUGAUGGGUUCAAGCUUCCGAUGCCGGAAAAAGAACGGAAGAAAGGAGUUCCAUGGACCGAGGAAGAACACCGACGAUUCUUAAUGGGUUUGAAGAAAUAUGGAAAGGGAGAUUGGAGAAACAUUGCAAGAAACUUUGUGACAACUCGAACGCCAACGCAAGUUGCUUCCCACGCUCAAAAAUAUUUCAUUCGACAGCUCACAGAUUGUAAAGACAAACGGCGGUCAAGCAUUCACGACAUUACAACAGUUAACGUCCCCGACGCAAAGGCACUAGCAACCGCCACACCCGCCGCUGCAACAGUCUCUCCUACUCCAACCAAUCCUUUUGACGUUUACUUUCCUCCAAAGCCUCAUCACAGUUUAGCGUUUUCGCCUGCGUCUAGUUAUCAUAACGCGUUUCCGCAGUGGAGUUGAAAAUCAUAUAUAUAUCUAGAGCUUGUCUCAUAAAUGGUUAUAUAUGUUUUCUACGCCUAUCAAAUUGUUCAUGCAGGAUUUUGUAAAUAUUUGUAAAAAAAUUGAAAGUUUGUGUGCUCAUGCCAAUAUUAGGUUGUGGUUGAUUGUAAUUUCCAGUUAAGCAAGUUUAUAUUACUAAAAUGUAUGUUGCUUAUCCGUACACUAAUUUAUUUAUAUGUAUUAUAAUGUUAUUACCGUUGACUUGAAUGUCAACUAUUGAUGUAACUUGCUGUCUUCCCGACAUCUUAGGAUUAGUACGAAUCAGCAUCUAAUUCAUUUUCACUGUAUGAAAUUAAAUAAUAUGGCGAAGUAUCUGACUAUAUACUUAUUUUUCUGUAAUAUAUUAUUUUACUUAAUAUUCUUCAUAUGACACUGCUGAUCGUUCAAUAAGAGAAUUACAUUCCAUUUCCGUGGUUCCAUAGGCCUCCAAUUAUUGUCAAAUAACUUUGUUUGGAUUUCUUACUUUUUUGUAUAUAAUUAUAAAUUCGAUAUACCUUAUAGUUAUAGCAUUACUCAUAUAAUGAAACAGUAUGCAGUUUUAUAGAACAAUAUUUUCUUAACUUUGAUCAAGUCACUACCAAAUUUAAUUACAGUAUAUUUAUAGUAGUAUCGUGGGUCAACAACCAUAAUUUAUUUUCUUGAGCUUUAUUGUUUAUUUCAUUAAUUUAACCUUCGAUUGGGAGAAAUAAGCUUACAAAAGGACUAGAAUUCAAAACAAAUAAAACAAAAUACGGAAUAUGCUUAUUUAUGCCCGAAGGAGACAAGUUAUUCAAUGCCCAUUCAAUUCUGGCCCAAUAAAGAACCCUUUAGAAGCUCAAAAGUUAAAAUUACGAUAGUGAACUGAGAUCCUUCUUUGCUAAUUGAUUAAAUCAUUGUUGCGCAUCAUUUAGCGUAUCAAUCUUUCCUGCGACAAAUUAGGAAGGAUCAUGUUACUAAUAUUCUAAUUUUAUGCUCUUAAAAAUAUGUGUUGUAAUAAUUGAUGUAUUAUGUAAUAUAUGAUAUCAAUAAAUAUUUUUUAACAAAAGUAAAAAUUAUUCAAUCAAAUCUUGUGUUACAUCAAGUGCAUCUAUGUUAUAAAAGUUUUAAAGAAUGAAAUAAAUAGAAAAUUUGCAGCUUGGUACAAAAUUUAUCAAUCAAAUCUUUUUUUUUUGGGUAUAAAUGUUAAGAUUAUCAAUCAAAUCUUGUUCCAAACCAAGUAUGUAAUUCGUCUUGAAGAGAAUUCCUUUCUGUUGCAGGCAGAGAGGAAGGUCUAUUUCUCACUAUUCUGUCCACACAUUUGAUGAGAGACCUUGAGUCUCUUGGGUUCUCGCCGUGUUUCCGCAGAUUCCUUUCCAAGAAUUACUACUAAUCAUUUAUAUUAUGUACACAUCACCUCUAUGCAUAUAACAUCGUACACAUAGCUUGUUUUUGAUGACACACAAUUAUACUAUAUUUUAAAAUAAACGAUUCAACUUGUUUUAAAAGGUUAUUACAACCUUGAUCGCCACCACAUGUUUUUCAUAUUUUGAAACUGCAACCGAUCGCAGAGAGUUAAACUUCCAUUGCCAUACGAAAAAUUAAAAGAAAAUAUAAAAGUGGACCUUUUUAGUUUAAAAAAAAAAAGGAAGAGAAAGCAGAAAUCUAUUUUUUUUUAAAUCUAAAAUUUGACCCAAAAAAGAAAAAAAAAGG